AUGGAGCGGUCACUAUCGUCAGCUUCCGCCUAUUCAGAGACUACAUGCGACCACAUGGCUCCUGGCAGUAUGGCACCUUGGGAGAGGCGCGAGAUGGGUCAAGUGCCAUACAUUAGCCCGGAGUCUGCUCCUCAGACUCAAGCCGAGAGCAGAGCGGUCCAUUGUCUCCGGGCCGCCCAGGACAAGAAAGCUAAAGCUUCUGGUCUUGGAAGACCGGAUUCGUAUGGACGGCCACCACAUCCCGCUAAAGACGACUCUGGCCAUCGACAAUGGACUGCGCAAGACAAGGCAAGCUCUUCAAGAGGUCCCAGGACAGCACCCGAACUCGCUCGUCCACCAGUUUCAGAGAGCGGCUCCUGGUCAUCUUCAUCCGCACCCUCCUCGGCCAAGAGCUCGCCAUCCUUUGAUUGUGAACCACAUGAUAAGCCAAUCAAGGCAUUGCCUGGGACGAUGUCUGCGAGAAAUGGGUCUGCCACGAGGACCAAGAUAGCCGGCUCACAAAGCCCCGAGCCAAUCGAGGAGCAGACCAAAGAGACGACGCCGACGUUUGGAAAGAAGUUUAAGACUGCUUUGAGGGGUGCUUUCAGGCGAAGUCCUGUGGAUGAUUCAGGCCUGCGGAGGGUUGGGAGCAGGCAUUGGACCGAGACCGAGGAAGAAGAAGACGAGCUGUUUGCUUAA